AUGCGCUCAGAUCGUGGGCUCUUUGAUGCCCCAGUCACCACUCUGUUCUUCCUUUCCUGGUCUGUUGCCUUCAGUCUCCUGAUGACCAACGCUAGAAAUGUUUCUUCCGAAGCAGGAGAAGAGCAGAGGGUAUGGGCUGAAGAAGGGGGCCGGGUGGUCCUUCCCUGUUACCUGGAGAGCAACAACUUAGGAGAGGUGUACAAGAGACUGUCGGUUCGAUGGGAGCACCGGGGGGGCAGUUCCCUCCAGGUGCAUCACAUGGUGCUCCAAGUGGCCCCCAGUGGUCUCAAAAUAAAGGCUCGUUCCAUGAUGUCCCGCGCGUCAGUGCAAGACCGGGACUUUCUCCAUGGGAAUUUCUCACUUCGGAUCGAGCCCGCAUCGAAUGACGACGUGGGGAGAUACACGGCACGAGUGAAAUACGGCAGCAAGGUGCACCGCUGCGAGCUGAGACUUGAUGUGGCGUCAGUGACUGCAAACCCACUUGGUCCGUUGGUUGAGUCUGAGCCCAUUAACCUAACCUGCAACUCCACACUUCCAGAAAAACCCAUAAAGAUACUCUGGUUCCGCGCCGGUCACCUCAUCACCACAUCUGGUCGUUUCCGGGUUGCAGAGCAGUCUCUGUUUAUCUCCAGAUCAAUGGGUAGUGACUCUGGGCCCUGGAUCUGUGAACUCACCUAUGCAGGUGGCGAGCGAGUUUCUGCCACACACCACCUUCAAGUCUUAGGAUUUGCUGGGCCAACCUUUCCUGUAGUCUACGCCGCAGCAGGAUCCAACGCUUACUUGCCCUGUGAACUGAAUAUCAAUCCCAUGGACUACGACAACUCAAAGGUAGCCACCCGUUGGAGCCACGUGGCAGGAGAGGACCUGAAGGCCAAGUCUAACUCCCACCAAGAAAACAAUAGGACCUUACAUCUCCCUGCUGUGGGACCUGAUAGUGCAGGCCAGUAUCUCUGUGAGGUCUCCAUCAACGGCACCACCAUCUCCAGGAAUGUCACUCUGGUAGUAAUGACAGUCAUCCCAAGCACUGAGGGGCCAGUCUGGGAAGGAUCUCACCUGCUGCUCGCCUGUCAUCUAAGCCACCCCCCAGGAAAGGCGUAUUUUCAGUGGAAGUGGUUGGGUUCAGGCCUUGCCAAUAGGUCUGAGGCUACCUCCGAGCGCUUGAGCUCCGGCUGGUUCCGGGAGUUCUCCAAGGUGUCACCCGAGGAUGCCGGAGUCUGGGAGUGCAGCGUCCACAGCGCAGAAGGGAUGCUGGGGUCAGUGCAGUAUCACCUGGAAAUCGCAGGUACUCUUUCCUGCUUUCUUGAUCCGGAACUUGAUGCAAGCCUCUUUGUCCAACCAGGUCAGGGGUCCCCAAACUUUCUGAGCCAGCAGGCGCCUUUGGAAUCCUGA